AUGGUCCCCAAUUCGCUCAUGGUCCCCAAUUCGCUCAUGGUCCCCAAUUCGCUCAUGGUCCCCAAUUCGCUCAUGGUCCCCAAUUCGCCCACGGUCCCCAAUUCGCUCAUGGUCCCCAAUUCGCUCAUGGUCCCCAAUUCGCCCAUGAUCCCCAAUUCGCCCACGGUCCCCAAUUCGCUCAUGGUCCCCAAUUCGCCCACGGUCCCCAAUUCGCCCAUGGUCCCCGAUUCGCCCACGGUCCCCAAUUCGCCCACGGUCCCCAAUUCGCCCACGGUCCCAAAUUCGCCCAUGGUCCCAAAUUCGCCCACGGUCCCCAAUUCGCUCAUGGUCCCCAAUUCACCCAUGGUCCCCAAUUCGCUCAUGGUCCCCAAUUCGCUCAUGGUCCCCAAUUCGCUCAUGGUCCCCAAUUCGCCCAUGAUCCCCAAUUCGCCCACGGUCCCCAAUUCGCUCAUGAUCCCCAAUUCGCCCAUGAUCCCCAAUUCGCCCACGGUCCCCAAUUCGCCCAUGGUCCCCAAUUCGCUUAUGGCACCCAAUUCGCCCAUGGUCCCAAAUUCGCCCAUGGUCCCCGAUUCGCCCACGGUCCCCAAUUCGCCCACGGUCCCCAAUUCGCCCACGGUCCCCGAUUCUCAUAAGUCCUCUCUGGUAUACUCAAAACCAAACCUUGUUAGUAGGUUUGAUAACCGUAAUCCCUAG